AUGCCCGACCCACGUACCUACAUCGAUAUGGCGCUGCCACUCGUCAAGACGCUGCCCGAAUGUGCCGAUUACUUCAAGACGGUGGAGCCGUUCAUCCCGCAACUCUACGAGCUCCCGGCCAAGGUUGCAGCUCACAUUACCGAUGCGCAGGCGUUGAAGGAGCUCUAUCUCAAUACGAAUCCGCUCAUCUCAUCGCUGGCGUUUGCCGCCAUGUUCCUUCCGCCCAUCGUGCUCGUCCUUUCCGAAAUCAACAAGAACUAUUCUCAGAUUGACCGUCUGUGGAGCUUGCUACCUGCGUUUUACAAUAUACACUACGCCGUAUGGGCGCACCUCAAUGGCCUACCGACAAUGAAGCUCGAUCACGUCAUGGCAGUAUCCAUCAUCUGGAGCGCUCGCUUGACCUUCAAUUACUGGCGCAAAGGCGGGUACCAGGUGGGCAGCGAGGAUUACAGGUGGAUCAUUGUAAAGGACUACAUUGGAGGGCCGGCCAUGUUUGUAUUCAAUAUGACCUUCAUCUCGCUCUACCAGAGUAUCCUCCUCUGGCUACUCACCGCGCCCACAUACGUCCUACUUCUUGCCUCGCGUAUCAGUGGCAAUGGUGUUACCUCAUACGAUACCCUUUUCGGUCGCGGCAUGCUCGUUCUCGUCGUCUUGGAAUUCUUUGCCGACCAAGCACAAUGGAACUUUUACAAGGCAAGAGGUGCAUACCAUAAGACAGCCAAGGUGCCGUCUGAGUACAAGUACACUCGGGAGCAGCUCGAUCGCGGCUUCAACACCACCGGACUCUUCGCCUGGUCGCGCCACCCCAACUUCGCUGCCGAGCAGGCCUUCUGGGUGGCUCUAUACCAAUGGGGCUGCUUGGAGACCGAGACGUACGCCAAUUGGGCCGGUGUAGGUGCUCUUGCAUACCUGCUCCUUUUCCAGGGCAGCACGUGGCUCACUGAAUUGUUGAGUGCGGGCAAAUAUCCGGAGUACAAGGUAUACCAAGAGCGCGUGGGCAGGUUCCUCCCCAACUUUAGGACCAAGAGUAUGGAUGCGCCGCUCAACGAUAAGGAGCAGAAAAAGGUCAACAACGCAAAGGCAGGCAAGGGCGCAAUCAAGACUAAAUAG